CAGUGCCAUGGGGGCGGCCGCCGUCACUUACCGUGCUUUGCCGCGCCGCCGCCGCUCGCCACCCGCUGCCGCCGCGCGCGAACCACCCUCGCUUCCAAAACCUCGCCUCCCAAAACACUAAAUAACUUCACCAAACUAAACACAUCCUGUACGCAAAAGUUUUCACAACACCUUUUAAUCGAACGUGAAAGUGAAUUUGGUUGUCGCCUGCACAAGUUUGGAGAGCUGAAACUUUUCGCGGAGUUUUGAUGGAACCAACAUCGUUGCUGAUAAUUUAGCGGACAGGGUUGUGAACAACAGUGACCGUGCAAUUUGAUAUUAAACUUAAGUGUUUGAACUAGUUUGGGAGCGGAUGCCCGCUAGUGAAUGUUAUAUAAAUUGUAUUGGAAUAUAUGAAUUGUCUGGAAUAUAAGAGCCGACUGGUACGGUUGGGAUAGCUGGUGGCAUGGAGCUGUCGCCGCCAGGGAGCCGCAUUCUUGUGGCUUUUUUUGCUACUGUUUUCUGGGGGAUGGGAGUGCGUGGUCUUCACAACCUGGAGAUCACCGUGCCGAGCGCAGUGCUAGUAGGCGAGACAGUGUCACUGGAAUGCAGCUGGCAGCUGGAAGACGAAGAGGCCCUGUACAGUGUCAAGUGGUACCGCGGCAGGGAAGAAUUCUACAGAUACAUUCCGAAGGAACUACCCCAUACUAGAGUUUUUCCGUUACCUGGAAUAGAAGUUGAUAUAUCCCGUUCUGGGGCCCAUCGGGUGGUGCUGCAGCAGGCCACCCCAGCCAUGGCUGGCCGCUUCCGCUGCGAGGUCUCAGCAGACGCGCCAACCUUCCACACUGAUAUCCGUUCAGCACCUUUGGAAGUAGUUGAGCAGCCGGAAUGGGGUCCCAAGCUGGUGUCAGAUCGGUCAUGGUACGGCGUGGGGUCCACUUUGCGCGCCACCUGCGCCUCGCCCCCCGCGCACCCGCCUGCCAACCUCACCUUCGCUUUAAAUGGACAUGAGAUCGACUUAGAGUCAUUCACACACGAGCUUCUAGAAGGAUUCAAAUGGGAUCCACCGCCAAAAGCAGAGAGUACGACAACAGACUUACCUGAAGAUGAUCUAGGCUUAAACAUAUUUCACGAAGAAAACAAUAUUCAAUACUUGGAUGAAUCUUAUAUAAAUAUUCAUAAGGAAGAGAUAAGGAGACCAAGGAAGGAAAAUUUUAAGCCAGUGUUUGAAAGGACGGGACCUGACAAUAGGCUGCCGUCGGUUGCAACUGUGGCCUUUCGAGUGGAAAACAAAGCGUACCAAGGCGGCAGCCUUCGGUUGACUUGCAUUGCCAGCAUAUACAAUCUGUAUGCGGCCAGAGCCGAACUAAUUUUCGAUAUGGAACAGCCGGAAGUUGCUUCGGUGUUAGGAGUCCGCAAUAAUGCAGUAGAUACCAGUUACUACUGUGUUCGAAGAAUAGAAAUUCUUCUUGUGCCACUUUUUUACAUCAUUCGGUAGUUUAGUUCGAGACUAAUUCUAUUUUAAGUACAAAUUCAAUACUAAGAUGGAUGUUUCGCAAUCAUGAUUCUCAUUUUGUACAAAUUGAUAUAACAUAUCUAACGUCGUUAAUUUGUAAUAUAAAUAAUAUUAAAGAUUCAUAAGUUUAUUUUUGACUAUUGAUGAUAGCUAUAAGUUUAUUUGUGACUCUGUUAUGAUAACUAUAAGAUAUUAUAUAAAAUUCCGCAUCAUGGCAAGAGUCCAAAUCAAACUUGACGGCUGUAAAUUCCGUUCAUUGUCUUCACAAAACUUUAAUAUUAAAGUUAUCUGUUGUUUUAAUAAAUUAUUCUAUAAAAUAUUAGUUUUAGGUCAACAUGGCCAAACUAUAGAGUAAAUUGUACAUGAAACGAAUAUAAUAGAUUAUAUAAAGUAAUUAUUUAAUAAUAAAUGUGAUAAGAUAAUUCAAGGUUCGACAGACUAAAGCACAUAAGUCAAAUUCUAUUGUUCUAACUUAAAUUCCAGUGGGGUCUUAUCUUAUCCUUAUCGUCAUCUUUCCAUAUUAUAAACAAUGCGGAACAACAAACUGAGUUUAUUAUAAUAUGAAUCAUUUUUUAUUUAUGUGAUUAAGUCUGCCGACCCUACAAGCAAUCGGAUUUGUGAGUAGAAAAAUAAUUUGUAAUUUUGACCCAUGAGAGAUAGUGUAAUAAAACAAGUAUGGUAACUCCAUUCAAUCGUUGCAGCGUGUCUUCUAUGGGUGCUCGCCCGCCACGUGCCGUGUACGGGCGCGCACAUUCGCGUAAGCUCGCGAUGCAUUCGCAUUGCAUAGCGUUGGUCGUCACACGCGCCUUUCAUUAUUAUGCGAAUGUGUGUGUUCUAUACAGCGCGCAGCGAGAGUGCACAUAUACAAGUCGAGCUGGUACAUUUAUAUGGAGUUACUAUACUUGUCUUAUUAUACUAUAUAUAAGAUCUUUAAUGUAUUUAAAAAAAAAGACAGACAAAUGAUUCUAUUUCACCAGAUGUUAAAUGGAAAGUCGAAUUCAAACGUGGAGGUUGUAUUAUAAAAGUGUUGAUACAAUCACUGGCCUAGACAUCUCCUCCCUGCUUGCCCACAAGAUGCAAGACGAUGAAAUACUGGCUGCGAUGUUCAAUAAAUAUUGCUCUCACUGGAUAGUAUAAUAUGCGAUAUUCUAUUUUUUUUAUUUCAUUACCUAGUUGAAGAAUUAAGAAGACAACUCAAGAAAAUGACCAAUCGGGUGGCAUCUACUAGCCCUGACAGUGUAUUGCCAAAACAAAUUCAUUUAACAAAAUAUAUAGUGAAAUUUAAUUCCUGCACACGUUACUGGUAAAUACCCGUAAAAAUGAAGAGUUAUGUGGUAUCUAACCUAUAUAAUCAAGUAUACAAUAUAAUUUUGUAGGUAAGUGCAAAAAUAGUAAUUUUGCAAAAGACUGAUGAAUUAUUUAUAACUCCUAGUCCCUGCAAAUGUGAAUUAAUUUUGUAAUAAUAAAUUACAGAUUUAUUCAAGAAUUUCACUUUUCUGUCUUGAAAACGUUUCCAUAAACUUAUUUUAUAAUUCGAUUUAAUAGAGGUUGUAGAUCUCCAAAUGUAAUUUAUCAGCGUCAAGAAUGC